GAUUAUAAAUGAUCCUGUGUUGUUGCUUUUUUUUUCUUUUUUCCUUGUUUUUGGUGCUGAAGGUUGGACCCAGGGUCUUAUUCAUGGUAAACAAGCACUCUACCAUUGAGGUAUCCACCCAGCUCCAAUGUAUAUUUUUUUAUUGUCUAUGCUAACAUUCAUUGCUAGACUAGAGAAUAAGUAGUCUAAAAGUAAAUAGAUUUUUUUUUACUUAUCUUGUAUCCUGUGACCACCAUGUUCUCAGAAUUAUUUUGCAAUUAUUUGUGGAUUUUCAUCAUAAAUAAUCAUGUCAUCUGAAAAUAGGACAGUGGUUUUCUUUUCUUUUGUCUUUAUCCUUUUUCUGGUCUGUGUGUUUCUUAUAUCUGUUUCCUCCUUUGUCACAUGACUAGAACUUCCAGCAUGGUGUUAGAAGUGAUUGUCUUUGUCUUGCUUCCAAUUUUGUUGGUCUUUCAGAAUUCACUGUAAUCUAUAACAUUAGAUACUGAUCUUCUUAUGCAAUUUAUCAGAUUCAACAAAUUCAACUAUAUUCUUGUCUUCUGAGUUUUUAAAAUGAAUGCAUAUUCUUUUCUGCAUUGAUGCAACAUUGUUUUCAGCUUUAGCCUUUCUAUAUGGUGGGUUAUGUUGGUUAAUUUCAAAUAUGUCUUACAUGUACAAAUCAGCUCUACCUCCUCAUACUAAGCCCCACUUAGUUACCUGGCUCUUUGGAUUACUGAAUUGCAUUUAAGUCCGUAAUCCACUUUAAUUUUUUUUCAAGAUUUUGUGUAUAUGAUAACAGUCCUGAAAAACUUUCUUUUUACAGAAUAUUCAGGACUUGUGUUUCCAUAUUGUCUUUGCAUUUUGUGUUAGUAAUCCAAGAGUAAUUUUUCAUAUCUGUGUCAUGGGCAUUUUCAGCUAAAGCUCCCAAACCUCUUCAUAAAUAUUUAUUAUGUGCCUGCUCAGAAUGAAAGGGCAGAGCUAAAGAACUCAAAUCAUGGAGAUUCCAACACAUACUUUUAUCUUGUUCUCUUUUCUGUGAUCCUUUUGUGUACCUUUCUUAUUUUCUGUUAUAAAAAGUUAUUUUUAAAUUACACCUAGUAAAAUGAAUAAAUUAUGUACUCAUUGAAUGAAAAAAUGCCAAUACAUUUUUAUAUUAUACAGUGUAUAAUAUAAAGUGUACAAAUACUAUGGUACAUUGAAAAGUAGGUUUAAUAGGUCAGCUGCUGCUUGAGUUAAGUAUUCCCUUCAGUGCCUGUCUCUCUGGAAAGGGCUGUCCCUACAUCAUUGAUGUUCAGGUGCAAGUAUGAACAAAUAUACAGACACAUCUCAAAAAGAAGAAAAUGAUGUUUGCCAUAGGUACUUUAAGAGCUUCCCAGGUUCUCCUUCCAAGGAAGUAGUAUAGGCCAAUAAACGGCUGCUUACAAAAUGCUGAUGUAUUCAUAUAUGUGUACACACACACACACACACACACACACACACACACACACACGUAUACUCACUCUAUAUAUAGCUGUAUACAGCACCUACUGGAUACAUCUAUACAAAUAUACAGAGUUUCACAAACAAUGGCCGGGACAAGAUUUUAUGUGACUAUAAUUAAAUGUCUGUUAUUUUUAUUUUUCCUCAAUUUUAUUAUAUAUGGUAAUACCUCAAUUUUAAUUUAAUCUAAGGCUUAUCAGACCUCAUGUAUAGUUCCCUUGACCAAUUAAGUGCCAUAAGGACUUUAUGCUAGAAAGCAAUCAAGUAAUGAACAUAUUUAUUGAUUGCUAUUUAGGUGCUAAGCAGUAUUCUAAAUACUGUGACUAUAGCAUGGGAGUAAGGAGGUGCAUUGGUUACUUUUGUAUUGCUGAUAAAAACACCUUGUCCAAGGCAGUUAUAGAAGAGUUUGUUUGGGCCUAUGAUUCAAGAGGGAUAAAAGUCCAUCAUGGGGGAAACAUGGCAGCGAGUGACAGACGUGGUAGCAGCAGCAGACAGCUGAAUGCUUAUCUCUUCAGACACAAGCAGAGAGAUCAGACUGGGGGUGGGGCAAAGCUGCAAUCUCUCAGAGCCCACCCCCACUGACACACUUCCCCAGCAAAGGUACACCUCCUAAACCUCCCAGACAGUACCACUAACUAUUUCUGAGCCUAUGGGGAACACUUCCAUUCAAAACCCUGCAGAAGGGAAAAGAAAUGAGAAUGAAAGGUCCCUGUGCUGGUGGCAGUUCCAUUCUGGGAAGUGAAUGCAGACAGUCCACAGAAAUGGUGUGAGUGCUAAUAAGACCAAUGACACCAGUGAAACCCGAGGAGGAGAAAGAAGAAUGUGAGUGCUUGCUAGGAGAGGAGGGGCGGGGGAGCAGCUUCUCAACAAUGUGACGUGAGGAUACACACUUGAAUAAAGAAUAAGGAAUGGGAACACUGGGAGAAGGCACGUGUGUCCAGAAAGAACAACUAAAAUUAAGAGCCUGAGGCAGGUAUGUGCCUGGCAGUGUUUAAAGCCAGUAUGACAACAAAAUGGACAAGAUUGAAGUGUGAUAAUGACAGGAGGUUCAGGCAUACCAGGCUAUGUUUAUGAAUAAGGGAAAAGAGAACACCAGCCCUUGGUCCAAUCCUCAGCACCAUGAAGAGGGAAAAAACAAGAGGGGGAAAGCAACUUAUUUAGGAUCACAGUUUAGAGGUUUCAGUUAGUCCUGUUGUUUUAAGCUGUAGUAAGGAAGUACCUUAUGACAGAGACACGUGUUAGAGCAAGCUGCUAUCUUUGGCCAGGAAGCAAACAGAGAAAAGAAGAGAGUCCUGUAGUCCCUUCAAAGUCAUGUCACCAGUGACCUAAGUUCUCUCUCUUGGCCUUAUUCCUUAAGAAUUCUACAACCUCCCAAAUAGCAUUACAACCUAAGACCAAAGCUUUGGAAUUAUCCAAGAGCCAAAUUGUAACUUAGGCUAAGGGGCCAUCAUAAAGGAAAUUGGUUUUUACUCUGAGUGGGUAGACAGUGAUUUCAUGCAGAGAAGUACAGCCUACCUUGAUUUACAUCCUAUCCUGCUUUCUGACCUCACUUUUGUGAAUAGAUUGUUGAAUGGAAUCAUAAAGGGUAUAAAAAUCAAUGCAAUUAUGGGGUAGUGAGAUGGUGUUUUUGCUGCCAAGCCCAGUGACCUGAGGUCAAUUCUUAAUAGGAACAUAGUAGAAGGGGAAAAUUGACCCCAGCAAGUUGUUCUCAGACACAUACAUACAUACAUACACACACACACACACAGUAACGUGCACACAGUUCAUACAUACAGACACAUAAACACACAAUGAAAUUAGAGAACACCAGGGAAGAUAAGGAACAGAUAUUUUGAACUCUUUCACUGACAGAAUUUGCCGAUAGAUUAAAUAUUGAAUAUGAGAAUAGUUGCCUUUGACAUAGGAAGGAUGUUAUAGCCAUAAUUAAGAUGGGAAAGAUUGUAGGAAAAAAAUGAGUCUGAGGAAUAUUAGAAGGCCAAAUUUUGGAGGUAGAUAAGAGUUGAGACAGAGUCUCAUCUUGUAUACUAGGCUGGCCUGGUAGUCACUGUGUCAAACUGGCAACAACCCUGUCUUAGUCAAAUGCUGAGAUGACAGAUGCGAGCCACUAUGGCUGGCUGGAAGUUCCAUUUUUAACAUACUAGGUUUGAAAUGCUUAAUAAUGGAGAGUUGGGCAUAGGACUCGGGUUCCUCAGAUAGGGUUAGGCUGGGGGCUGACAUUUGGAAAUUGCAGCAAGUAGAUGGCUUUGAUCCAAUGGUGGGUGUAGAAACAAUCUAUCUGAGAACUGAGCAUUGGAACAUUCUAGGGCUUAGAGAAUAGGGGAAAAAAACAGCAAUGGGAUCUGGAAAAGCAAUACCAAGUGGGAAAUUGAGAGUGAAUGCCAAAGCCUAUCAAGAAAGUGUGUCAAUGAAGGUGGUACAAUGAAGGUGUGCCAAUAAUAGACUACUGUAAAAUGUUCCUGAGAGAUCACAGUGAGGCUCAAGAACUAGUUAGCAGCACUGGAGUCUUCACAGCCUUUGAUAAAGUAUCCCAGAAGUAGUGGGGAGCAGCCCAAUGAAAGUACCUUCAUAUGGGAAAAGACAAAACCAAUAAGCACAGUUCUAUAGAAAUUGAAGCUUAACUUAAGAGGAAUUGAAAAUUAGCCCUAGUCAAAGAUGAAGAUGGAAUCAUGACACCUUUUACCUUUUUCCUGAGAUAGUGGAAAUGAUUCUCGCAGGGAAGGAUGAAGCCACUUCUGUGGAGAGGGCACAGUUGUUGAAGCGAUGUUCCAGGCCUGGAAGAAACGCUGGUUUAUACUGCGGAGCGGCCGGAUGAGUGGCGACCCAGAUGUUUUAGAAUACUACAAGAACGAGCACUCCAAGAAACCCCUGCGGAUCAUCAACCUGAACUUGUGUGAGCAGGUGGAUGCAGGCCUGACCUUCAACAAGAAAGAGCUGCAGGACAGUUUUGUGUUCGAUAUCAAGACCAGUGAGCGUACUUUUUACCUGGUGGCUGAGACAGAGGCCGACAUGAAUAAGUGGGUCCAGAGCAUCUGCCAGAUCUGCGGCUUCAAUCAGGCUGAGGAGAGCACAGACUCCCUGAGAAACCUUUCUUCAGCCAGUCAUGGUUCCCGCUCUUCUCCAGCUGAGUUCAGCGGCUCCACUCAGCACCUGCUCCGAGAAAGGAAGUCCUCCGCCCCUUCACACUCUAGCCAGCCCACUCUGUUCACGUUUGAGCCCCCUGUGUCAGGCCACAUCCAGCCUGCCUUGUCCACCAGUGCACCUCAGGAGUAUCUCUACUUGCACCAGUGCAUAAGCCGAAGGACAGAAAAUGCGAGGAGUGCCAGCUUCUCUCAGGGCACCCGGCAGAAGAGUGAUACAGCCAUGCAAAAACUUGCCCAGGGCAAUGGACACUGUGUCAAUGGAGUCAGCGGUCAAGUCCAUGGCUUCUAUAGCCUUCCCAAGCCAAGCCGACACAAUACAGAAUUCAAAGACAGUACUUACGACCUCCCCCGUAGCCUGGCUUCACACGGCCACACCAAGGGCAGCCUCACAGGGUCCGAGACAGAUACUGAGGAUGUGUACACCUUCAAGACACCCAGCAACACCCUGUGCCGGGAGUUUGGAGACCUCCUAGUGGACAAUAUGGAUGUUCCAACCACCCCUCUCUCAGCCUACCAGAUCCCUAGAACAUUCACACUGGACAAAAACCACAAUGCCAUGACAAUGGCCACUCCUGGAGACUCAGCCAUAGCUCCCCCACCCCGCCCCCCCAAGCCAAGUCAGGCAGAAACACCUCGGUGGGGCAGCCCUCAGCAAAGACCUCCAAUCAGUGAACAUAGUAGAUCUGUAGCUGCUACUAUCCCCAGACGCAAUACCCUCCCCGCAAUGGACAACAGCCGACUCCACCGAGCUUCUUCCUGUGAGACCUAUGAGUACCCAACUCGAGGCGGAGAGAGUGCCAGUUGGUCUGCUGAAUCUCCAGGGAAGACUAUCGUGGGUCGAUCAGACAGUGCCAGCUCUGAUGACAACUAUGUGCCCAUGAACCCAGGUUCUUCUACCCUGCUGGCUAUGGAACGAACAGGGGACAAUUCCCAAAGUGUCUACAUCCCCAUGAGCCCAGGGCCCCAUCACUUUGACCCGCUUGGCUACCCAUCCACAGCCCUUCCUAUCCAUAGAGGUCCCAGCCGAGGAAGUGAGAUCCAGCCACCCCCGGUCAAUCGCAACCUCAAGCCUGACCGGAAAGCAAAGCCAACACCCCUGGACCUGAGAAACAACACUGUCAUCGAUGAGCUCCCCUUCAAGUCACCUGUCACCAAGUCUUGGUCCAGGGUCAACCACACCGCUAACUCCAGCUCCUCCCAGUACUGCCGCCCCAUCUCCACACAAAGCAUCACCAGCACAGACUCGGGAGACAGCGAGGAGAACUACGUCCCUAUGCAAAACCCAGUGUCUGCAUCCCCUGUUCCCAGUGGCACCAACAGCCCAGCUCCAAAGAAGAGUACUGGCAGUGUGGAUUACCUAGCCCUGGACUUCCAGCCAGGCUCCCCGAGCCCUCACCGCAAGCCAUCCACAUCAUCUGUCACAUCGGAUGAGAAGGUAGACUAUGUCCAAGUGGAUAAAGAGAAGACCCAGGCCCUGCAGAACACCAUGCAGGAGUGGACAGAUGUGCGGCAGUCCUCAGAACCUUCCAAGGGUGCCAAGCUGUGAUAAAGGGGCCGCCAAGGCAGCUCAAGGGCCAUGAGGCAGCUGCUCAGAGCUGGCUCUUCUUUGUCACCUUCUCCAUCCCUCCCCACCCCUCCUCUCCUCUGUACCACUUUCAGCCUUUAAAGCACUCAACAUCAGGGACCCUGACCCUUCCCCUUGGAGGCAAGGCCCUGAUGGAGACACUCCUCAGCCACGUGGGGUCCACCCAUGACUUCUGUCAAUACUACUAGCUGUGCCUCCACCACCUUAGUUAGGAGCUGUUGCCAAAAAAGCCUCCUGCUUUGGACCCAUGUGUCUGCUGCUUGGACUCUUAGAGGGAGGGCUGAGGCUCUGAGCCAGGCUCACGCCUCAUGUCUGCUCACCGCUCUCUACCCUCUACCUCAGGGCUGCUUCUCCAUCCCUCGAGGAUGAUAACCCAGGGAGCGAGCGGAGGACCAGCAGACUAAAGUAGACAGGGGCUUUCGCACCCCUGCUGUCAUGGGCAAGGGAAAGGCAAGGUGCCACAAGAAGAAAGGUCGAUAAUGAAGGUCAGAAGUUGCUUCGAGUGACAAAGAAAUUAGGUUCCCAGGAACAGAAGGGUAGCUGGUCACCUGCAAGGUGAUACCCAAUUAUCAGGCCAUGGGGACCCGCUGCUGUAGACUGGGAAGCAAAGGAUGAAGGGCAGCAGGAAGGAAAACUGGUAAAGACAGGCAACCAGGAACAACAAGGAACAGGGCUUGAGGUGACAAACCCCGGGGAUAGAGGAGUCUGCCACCUGGAACAGGCAGUGCUCUUCCCCGGCCCUGAUGGAGAGAUGAGACAGAGCGGGAAAGAGUAGGGGUGAUGCAGGGGCUGGGAGGCAGGGGGACCCUGGGACAGGAGGAGGGUGCUAGGCACAGAGCAGCACGGGCUGCGGCGGUGAUGGCACAGGACGCAGGUUUCUAGGAGGUAAGAGGUGCAGAGAUGCCUUAAGGGCUGGGAGGCAGGUUGUAGCAGGUGCAGAGGUGUGCAGAAGGCCUGAUGGAGAGCCAAGGCCACGUGCAGGAGUGCAGCAGGAAGCAGAAGGGGGAGGAGCCAUACUUGAUCAAAUCUAGGCAACACAUGAGGAUCUGGGUAACGGCUUGUGCCUGAUAGAGACACCCUUGACCGAGGGCCAGGCCAGGUCUUUUUCUCAGCUCUUCUCUCUGCUGUCCUCAGCCGCAGGAGAGAUUAUCCCUCUCCUCCCAUGGCGUCAGAGACGGGAAGCAGACAUCACCUAAGGCUAAGACACGGCAGGGAGAUCGGAAUGUGUUGUGUGGAGAGUUGUUAACCAGUCUUCAAGCAUUUCAGAGAAACUAGGGCAAACCAGCAUUUCAUUUUGUCUUAGAUGAACAGACCGUUGUCCUCUAAAACUAGGACCUUUCGGCAACUAAAGGCACACCUCACCUCUCUCCUCUCGAGAGUCCUAACCAGGAGUCCCUCAGUAAUAGACCCUCUUCUCACAUUAGGAUGGAUCAUUUAAUUAAGUAAUGGUUGCCAAGCUCUGUGCUACAGAUGAAUCAUACCUUGUCCCUAACUGGAGGUCGCAAUCAGUGAGAAAAGUGGAAGCUAAAGACUACUUACUUACAAGUACAGAGGAAGGGGAGGUGCUAAGGGAGACUGGGCCACAGGGAGGGGAGGCAUCAGGGAGGGAGCAGACUAAGUUAGGCAGGAAAGGUAGGCAGGGCUGGGUCCCUGGAGGAGCAGGGUGGGGGAAGCCUGAGCUUUGAGAACGGAAGAUGUUUGAAGGUAUGAAGCCAGCCUCAGAGGUGUGUGCUGUCACCUGGAGUGAAAUGGGGCUGUGGUUGGUUGCACUGAACAGGGUUACAGGGUACUUGGCUGGCUUUGCCCAUCCUUGUGGUGCCCUUUAAGACUCUUGAGUCCCGGGGCUCCCAUGUGGCUAAGCUUUUGACUGGUACUGCUGGGUUCAUAGCAGGUCCAGGUAUCAUGGUCUCAGCAGCCACCCCAGAGUGCAUUCUUUGAGUUGAGUAUGCCAUGUGGGUGGAACUGGCCGCCAUUUAUCAACACUGAGGUGUUCAAGUCUAGUUAGUCUUGCUCUGGUUCCAACCUUUGGAAAGCUGAACUCUGACUCAAAAUUCCCAGACUCUUAACCCAUCCUCCAACCCCCAAAUAGGAAAAGCCAAUUCCAUUUAAAAAAAAAAAAUCCUUUGGCCUACCAAAGGUCAAAAUUCACACACACACACACACACACACACACGCACGCACGCACCACACACACACACACACACACACACACACACACACACACACACACACAUGGCUGUCAAGGAAUGAGACCCCAGAACACUCGUCACCUCUUUGCUAGCGUAGCUCCCACAAGCACCUGUCCUGCAGCGACUCCUCCAGAUCCACCCUGCAAGGGUAAAGUUGAGGAGGAACAGUUUAAAAAGGAGAUGGCAUCUCCUUGAGACUUGCCAGUCUGUGAAAUGGGAUGGUCACAGUGAUGCUCUGUUGCUGUAAGGAGACCCUGUGGGAUCCUUUGAAGGUCUGGGUCACUGGGGACAGGCAGCACACAGAACAUUAGCUAGUCAACUCCAUCCUUCUCUAUCCGUAUUUUUCUGAUAGCUAUAUUUGACUCCACGAAAAUAGCCCCAUUUCCAGAACAGAAGCACAACCAUUCUGAAGUUACCAGAACGUGGGUUUGUGUCCAGUCUGCCUUUGGGCCCUCUAUCUUCCAGUGGCUAGAGUUCCAGCCACGGCUCCCUCCCUCCCUACAACAGAGUUUUACAGACCAUGAGGGGAAGUAGCUCCUCCCUUCCAGUUGGGCCUUUGGCUGUAAGUAUGGGGAAGCAGGCUAACCUUAGAGGGCCAUCUUUCUGGGCUUGCCAGAUUUGGGGCCUGGGCCCAGCAGGAGAGCCAGACUUGACAGGGCACCCGGUGGUGAUUCGUGCUGUCAUGGUGUCUGGUGGUGUGUGUUCUUGUGUAAUCUGUUGGUUACUUGUGUCUUGAAACUUAGAAUCAUUUCACACAGUAUUGUCACUAUUUGUUGGGAAAAGAAAAUGAAGUAGAAGCAGCCUAGUCUUACAUUCGUGUCUUGUUACCAUUUAAGAUUGACAUUUAAUUUUUCAAAUCACUGUUGGUGCCUAAUCACUUAAGUUAUUAAUUUAUUCUGUUUUCAAAAAAAAAUUUGUAACAUGUAUUUAUCUUGUGAGGUCUGGGGGUGGGGCGGGAAAUGUGUUCAAGUGAGUCAUGUUUUUGCAGUGGUGACAAAUGGUACAGGCCUGGAGCUUGCAGGUCCCUUUUUAUUAUGGUGUAGAAGCAGGGCAAUAAAGUCCUUUAGAAAUGCA